UCCUCACAUAUUAGGUUCCCCGGUCCUAAGAAGCAGAAUUAGCCUCUGGAAUCUUGUGCACUUGUUUUCUUCGCUUCCAGAGAAACAGAGGCGGCGGCAUGAAGGCAAAACAGAGAGAAAAUACAAAAAAACACAGAGAGGGGAUCUGAAGGAAUCGGAAAAGAGCCGGAUAAAGAGAGAGAGGGGAAGAUACUGUGAGGAAGAUGAAGACGUUGAACAUCAAGCCGCCUGCUGUUUGAUGCAGCUACAGUGAGGGUAUGUGGCUGCCUGCGUCGAGCAUUUCCCCCUCCACUCUCCGGCUGACUGGUGCUUGGUUCGGUGCUCCGUGCUACUUUAUUUGUCUCUUCACAGUAACGUGAGCAUACCUUUAUCUCUUCCCACCCAAAGAGGACGUCUGUAAUUACUUUACGCUGGCUGACACACUGACCUUUGGACUCUCUACUGGACAAAGAAUCUGGAUUCAUUUCCUCGUGACGAACAGAGGUGACCAAUGUGGGGCUCAGGGCUGCUGCUGUGCUCCUCCUCCGGCAACAGCUGGCUGAACGAGACGUGUGUCGAGAUCUGAGGGGGCAGCAUCUCAUGUGGACGAGGCGAGCAGGAGAGACUCAUCACAGGGAUGCACAGCCAAGGCUGUGAUGCUGGAUGUCUUUUCCAUGUUGAGUCGUGAGUCACGUCAGUAGAAGAUCGAGAGAGCAAGAAGAGUCGAGCGAGAAGAUAACGUGGACAGAGAAGUUGACAGUGGAAGGAUCCAGGAUGAUCUUGGGAAGCAUAAACCGACCGGGGCCGGUCCCAGCCUUCCUCAGGAGCCCACCUGUCAUCCCUGCCCCACUGGACAUGAAGCCCUUCCUCCAGUUCCCCCUGGAGUCGCCUCACCCGGCCAGCAUCGGCCUCUUCCACAACUUCAAUACAAUGGACCCUGUCCAGAAGGCUGUGAUGACGCAUACCUUCGGCCCACCUAUGGUGAAGACAAAGCGGCCAAUCAUCUCUUGCAACGUCUGCCAAAUACGCUUCAACUCGGAGAGCCAGGCAGAGGCCCACUAUAAGGGGAACCGCCAUGCUCGGAGAGUGAAGGGGAUCGAGACAUCCAAGACAGCUCGUCUCCAAGAUGGCGACAAGCAGCACCCUCCCCCUACUGCUUCACCCAUCCCACCUGGCCCCUCGCCAUCCAGCCCUGAGCCUGAUCCUAAUAAGCAGGAUGACAUCCAAUCCUGUCCCAAUCCCAGCAAGUCACCUUUGACCCCUAGCCAACUUCCAACACCCACCCUGAGCUCAGCAGAGGCAGACUGUCCUCUCUUGCCUUCUGUCAGCACACCUCUGCCACCCUCUCCCUCCCCCUCUGCGGCCCUCAGCAUCCUCCCUCUGGAUCCAGCGGCGGCUGCUCUUCCUGACACCCCAUCCCCAGCACCCAGCCCUUCUUCUGGAGAGUCAGAGGAAGAGAAAGCCAAGAAGCUUCUCUACUGCUCUCUGUGCAAAGUAGCUGUUAAUUCCCUGUCACAACUGGAGGCACAUAACAAAGGUACCAAACACAAAACCAUUCUGGAGGCUCGGAGUGGACUGGGACCUAUUAAAGCAUACCCACGUCUGGGUCCUAAACCCAGUCCAGAGCAAGGAGGGGAGCUGUCCUCUGACCCCAACACUCAGGAACGCACCUUCCACUGUGAGAUCUGCAACGUCAGAGUGAACUCAGAGCUGCAGCUUAAACAGCAUAUAUCUAGUCGGAGGCAUCGGGAUGGAGUUGCAGGGAAACCUAAUCCUCUUCUCAGUCGGCACAAGAAGCGCACAGACUUCAUGGAACUUCCUAAAACUCUGGGGGCCGGACUUUUACCAAGUCCUCUGGCUGUUGCUGCAGCGAUGGCAGCUGCAGCCUCCUCCAAUCAGCUGGCACUACGUCCCCCUUGCCCGACCUCCCACCCUCAUCACCACCACCACCUCCUACAGGGAACACCCCUCAGCCUGCUUAGGCCCGCCCCUGGUCCCAUCCGCACCACGCACGGGCCAAUCCUGUUCACUCCUUACUGAUAGAGAGAGAGAGUGAGAGGAGGACAGGUCAGGAAGAAGCACACUGUGAAGUGGAUGUCUGCAACCUCGUGCCGUCAAGAGCCAAAUCAGCUGGUGUGGCUCCAGCUGGUGUUUCAAUGUGAUAAAAACAAUGAGCAAAAUAAAGAAGACUCUUCAUGGUGCACAGUCUGGUUGUAGACCACCACUGUUACAUUGACAGGGAGAACCAGAGACAAAUCUCAGACAUUUCAGAGAGAACAUAUGUUUCCAUCCUUCCAAGUUUCCCUUCAUCACUCAACUAUCUGACGAUUACUAAGCAGACUCUGAAGACUGUUUGAAGAAGAACUUAGAACCAAGAUUUUAUCAAGCAUCCUUCUUUGAGCGUCCUGCAACUGACUAUGUAUGGUUGUUUAACAUAUGAUCCACUGUAUUUGACUUAAACCCUACCUCUCUUACAAUAUGUUUUAAAUGUUCACCUCUGCAAGGAUUCAUUACAUACCCAAAGCAUCAAUGUUAUCAACAACAUGCCUGCUGGGUUAGAUUUAGUAGUUGCCUCUAAUGUUAGCUGGUAUCAUGCUGUAGCUGUCACAGUAUAGUGGAUUGUACCACUGUAAUGUUCUGUUUUAGUGGCCUAUGAAGACAAAAAGGUACCAAGAAUUGAUGUACUGUUUCUGCAGUUACUGGCAAACAUUUCUCUGUACUGUAUGUCUACAUUUUCACAACUGGCCUAUAUGAUUGACAUUUACCUCUAUGGGACGGAAACAGGAAGUCAAAGAGGAAAAGGAAAAUAGUUGAAAUUAUAUCUUAAAAUCACUCACAUCACAUCCCUCACCACAUUUGUGGUUUGGUAAAGAUGCAGAUGUUGUGAAGAAGUGAUCGCUACUGGUGCACUAUGCAGCUAUCAGUAUUUAUUUUUCAGUCUGUGUAAAUGCAGUAAGGUCGGCGUAAAUAAAAAAAAAAAAAAAAAAAGAAUGAGAGCGAAUACUCAUGCUGCAUAGUUUCUUUAGUGAAGAUCAUGCAUUUUCUCUAAAUGGCCACUUACAACAAACAAUAAGUCCCACAAAGCACAUUAAGUAAAGUCCGUGGCGGACAGUCUACAUGUACGUAAAUGGCUUAAAUGCAUUUAAAGUGACCAUCCCUCACUUUGUUCAUCUGCACCUCACUGUGCAAAACUGAAAGGUUUCAGCGUCUUAAUGGGAAAGUUUCAACACUGUGAGCACAGGACGACAAUGGUUGAUUUGUGACUUUGACAGCAAGUAUUUGCAAUACGUGCACAUUUAAUUACACAGACCACAUUUUCCCCAUACAUGGAGGGUGAAAAAGUGUGGGACAGAAGACACCAGCAUUAUGCUACAGAAGGAAGGGAAAAGGACCACAUAUACAGAUGAGUAGUUGUAUGCAAAAACUAAUACAGCAUUUUUGGUAGUAUCAUAGGCCUGCAGUGGGAUAAAAACAUUUAGUUUGUCUGCUCUGCCUCGUGUGCUCCAUGACCCUGAACUAUCCCAGUGAAAACUGUCAUGAUGGCUUGUGAACCAUUAGAGGGAAGCUUUAGGAAACGGAAACUGUAGCAAUACUUUAAGCACUCCUGCUAACCUUUCUUGUUAACUGCAAUAAAAAGAAAAUGUCUACAAAUGUAUGAAAUGUUAUCUAGGAGAAGUGUGUUGAAACUGUAUAUGUAGAUUAUUAAAAAUAAAUGAGAAAACAUUCAUGUUGGGGCUUCCUAAUUGUUAAAUUAAAACAAAAUUAUAUAUAAAAUCAUUAAACUGACUUUAUGGUUGUAAGCAAUGUUGAUUGGUGAUUUUUUUUCC